AAGAGGUUGAAUCUCUAUUACUCCAACAAGAAGACUCGGCUCUGCCUACAGAGGCCCCCGAGGAAGUGAAACAUCCUCCAACCCUUCAGGAGGCCCCAGCUCAGCAAGCAGAAGCCACUUCAACCCAGGAGGAGACGUCAGCUCAGUUUCCACCCCAACAAGAGGCCUCAGCUCAGUCUACAGUGUCCUCUGAGCCACUGAAACCUUUGUCAGUCCACCAAGGAAUUCCAGGUCAGCAUCCCGUCCCCGCUGAAAAUGUUGAACCUUCGAUCCAGUGGAAGAGCUCACUUCUGCCUCAAGUGCCUCCUGCUGGUGUAGAACCUUCUCCAGUCCAUCAGAAGGGUGGAGCUCAGCCGCCAAAAUCCUCUACGGGUGUUGUAGCUCAACCUUCGGUACAUCAUGAGGUGACAGUCUCACCCCUAGGUUCGGGGGAAGCUCAGCACCCAGUGUUGUCCCACAUUAAUGUUAAAGAUGUCGCUCUGGGGGUUUUGGUAUCUCCAGAGUCCACUAAGGAGAUUGAACUAUUUGUAACUGGGCAGGAGGUCUCAGAUCAUCCUCGAAAGUCCGCUGAGGAAGUCAAAGCUCCAACCCAGCAGGAGAUCCCCCCAACGCCCCCUGAGAAGAUAGACUCAUCUCCAUUGCAGCAGGAGACCCCAGCUCAGCCUACUGUGGAUGCUACAGCCCUGCAGCAGACUACAGCUCCUCCACAGCACCCUGAGGUGACACUUCCACAUCCAGAGACUGUUCAGGCUCCUCAGCCAACCUUGACUGAAAGCACUGUUCUACCUUCGGACCUGAAAGUUCUAAUAACUCAGCAACCAGCGUCAUCUGAGACAGUUCCUCCAAAGACUGGACAGAGUGCCACCAUGACCAUCUGUGAGCUCUGUGCCUGCAGUAAUGGGACGCUGUCCUGUGUUGGUCUCGGCCCAAAGGAGAGGCUCCGCAGAGUGCCUGUGCCAGAGCCCAACACCUACCAGGGCGCCUUCUCUGUCUUAAACUUGCAAGGAAACUCAAUUUCUUACAUCAAUAAAGAUACAUGGAAGUCAUACCAUUUUGUUGCAAAACUAAAUCUCAGUGGAAAUAAUUUGAGAAAAUUACAUAAGGAUUCAUUUGAAGGCCUGCUGUUCCUCCAGUAUUUAAACCUUGGUUGCAAUUUAAUCAGAAAAGUGAGCUUUGGAACAUUUCAGGCCUGGCAUGGAAUGAAGUUUUUACACAAGUUAAUUCUCAAUCGGAAUCCUCUGACAACUGUUCAAGAUCCAUAUCUUUUUAAAUUGCCAGCAUUAAAAUAUUUAGACAUGGGAAGGACACAAGUGUCACUUAUAACAGUUGGGAGCGUCCUCAUGAUGACCCCUCAAUUGGAAAAAUUGAUCUUACCUAGCCAUUUGACCUGCUGCCUCUGCCAAUUUAAAAAUAAUAUUGAGACUGUUGCCAAGACAGUCAAACUGCAUUGUGAUACUGAAUGUCUGAAAAAUAUACCUUGUGAUGAAGAACUACUUAUAGAAGGGCCGUUCAUGAAACUACUACAAGGCCGGAGGAACACCAGCACUGAGCUGACUGUUAAGGCAGAGGGGGCAUCCUCCGACAAAAAUGGAGACAGUUCAUCAUCCCUAAUGCGCCCCCUGAAGAAGCCGCUCAGUAAACAGCAAGAAGAAACUGUUUCCGAGGCAGAGCAGGCUACGGAUCAAUGGAAAAAGCAGAGGCUGAAAGCUCAGGGUGAACGGGAAGAGGAGGAGCCCAAUGAGCUCACAAAAGAAGUGCCAGGAUAUGGCUAUAACAACCAUCUCAUCGUGGCAAUAAUUGUGACUGUAGUAACAAUAAUUUUUAUUGUAAUUUUCAGUCUCAUUGAGAUUUAUUGUCAUAGAACACCAUCAAAGGAAAGGAAAGAAGGAAGCUCAAGGGGCUUUUUCCCAUUUUUCCAGCAUAUGAGAUGGUCACCGGAACACAAGUCGCAGGAAGGCGGUUUCUGGAAGAGGCAGCCGCUUUGGCUGAGGGAUAUACAUAGACCUCUCAGUGCCACACGCGUGGAAGACAUGGCACGGGAGCUACACGACAAGGAUCCGGCUACUGAGGAUGAACUGUUCUACAAAAUGUUGCGUGGAGAGUUCUCAGUGUUGAAGGUUGCUGCUACAGACCCUGCGGCCAAGAGCCCAGCGAAUGAGCACAUGACCCUGCCACCCAGCGGACCCCAUCCCCAGGCUCCCUGAAAAUUGUAUUGGCCUGUGUGUACAAUAAAUAUUGUUCUUUUUUG